AUGAGGCCCAGAACAUGCCGUCGGUACUGCAGAUACGGAGUGCUUUUUUUGUUAGGAUAUCUGCUUGUGCAAGGUGUAGUGUGGAUAGGCAAGGAACUUAUGUCCGACGACGAAGAUCCGGUAGUGAUUAAAGAAUCAGAGAAAAUCAAAGAUGACCGGCUACAGGAAGAACAAAAGAAGCCUCCGGAAAGUCUUGAAAAGAAAUCAGACGAUAGAUCAGACCGGUCAGACGAUCGAGACAAAGGGCUUAAGUUUAAGGACGCUGACUCUGAGGAAGCCAAAAGGAAAGAAGAUUCUAAACGAAAGGAAGCUGAAGCGAAAGAAGCUGCUGAAGAAAAAAAGGCGAAGGAUCUAGAAAAGAAAAGGCAAAAAGAGGAAGCGGAAGUUCUUAGAAAAUUAGAGAUAGAGGAAACCAUCAGAAAAGUAGAAGCAGCGGCGAAGGAAAGCAAGGCUAAAGCCAAAGCGGAGGCUGAAAAGAAAGAAGAAGCAUUGAAACUCGAACAACAAUUGCGAAAAGAAGAGGAAAUACGUCACCAGAUGGAGCUUCAGCAUCAGGAAAAAUUAAGAAAACAGGAAGAGGAAAAAUUGAAAAAACUGCAAGAAGAGGAAGAAGCCAGGAGGUUAGCCGACGCCAAAAAGCAAGCAGAACUCAGAGUGGAGCUUGAAAAACUCCAGAAGGAGAUCAUAGAAAAGCGCAUGGAUGAAGUGCCCAAAGACGAAGCCGUUCCCCACGAUGCUAGCCAAGAUCAUCAGGGUGAUGAGCAUUACAAGUAUUCGAUCGAUGUGGAAGGGACGGGCAAAAUCGUGCACGGCCGGCAUUUCGCGAUGAAGGCUUCUAAGACAGAGCAUGACAUUGAGGAAGAAGCGGAACGCCACAUGCGUCUCAAUUUCCCGGAUGACCAUUUCCCGGUUAUUGUAACGGCAGUCACACGCCAGACGCUGAACGACGUCGAGAAGUUAAUUGAGUCAGUGCAGUACUUUUUGCCAGAUAAAAAGUUGGUGAUUUUUCACAUUGACCUCUCUGAAGAACAGAUCGCUAAGUUGGAGUCGGCUUGCAAUGUAGAAACACGUAUCUUCUGGAUGUGGAUGUUUCCCGCUCACGUCCACAAUUGUUCGGAGACUUCGUGGAGACCCAUCGUCAUACAGUUGGCAUUAGCAGAAUUUGGUAGUGUGAUGUGGAUUAAUCCGACCACGAGACUGGUGAAAGGACAUUUCCAAAGUUUGAUCAAAGAAUCAGAAGAAGAGGACCUCUUGAUACUCACGUCAAACAAACACUACUCUACUUAUUCUGUUACUCAUCCUGACAUGUACACUUACCUACCCACCAAUAUGGAGAUGCUGAAGAAAAUCAGUCACAUUGAGAUUCGACUUGUCAUUAUUCACAAUACGAAACGAAUUCAGAACAAACUUCUCAAAUGGCUCAUCCUAUGCUCUCUGGAAAAAGGUUGCCUCUCUCCCGUCGGAAGUAGGCAUCAGUGCGACUCACCCCUUACCAAGACCGUCUACGCCAACUGUCACCGUUUCGACGAAUCAGCCAUGAACAUUCUACUGAAAAAUUAUUUCGGAUUUAAGUUGGAAUCUUUCGCCAGAGACGACACUUACACAAUGGAUACUGCCGACUGGAAAGGCAUUCCAAAAAUUAAGAAUUGUCGUUAG